CAUCAAACAUGAAAAAUGGUGAGAAGCAAUGAGGAAUGAGAUCACUGCACUUGAGAAGAAUGGUACUUGGACAAUUGAGACAUUGCCUCCAGGGAAACGUGCAAUUGAUUCAAAGUGGUUAUACAAGGUUAAAUUCAAAUCGGAUGGGACAGUUGAAUGGUAUAAAGCUAGGUUGGUGGCUAAAGGCUUCACACAAAUUGAAGGACUGGACUUCCAUGAGACUUUUGCUAUUGUCGCAAAGAUGGUAAUAGUGAGAGUGUUGCUUGCUCUUGCAUCCAUUAAACAAUGGGAAUUGCACCAAUUAGAUGUGAAUAAUGCCUUCUUACAAGAGUACAUGGCUAUGGCUUCCACAGUAAGUGAGCUUACUUGGUUGAAAUCUUUGCUUUUCAAUCUCGGCAUAAACCAUUCAAGACCAAUGACUCUCUUCUGUGACAAUCAAGCUGCCCUACACAUUGCAAACAAUCUUGUAUUCCAUGAACGAACUAAGCACAUUGAAAUAGAUUGUCAUUUUGUUCAAGAGCAUAUUCAGAAGAAGGAAUUGAUCACAGCUCAUGUAUCCUCUCGUCAUCAACCGGCAGACCUUUUCACAAAAGCUUUGGGUCGUGAGCGCCUUGCUUUUCUGCUAUCCAAGUUGGGCAUUCAAGAUCUUCAUGCACCAACUUGAGGGGGAGUAUUGGAGAGUAUCAUGGUGUAGAAUGAGGAAAUCAAUCUCUGCACUACAAUUGCAAAGUUAUUUACAGUAUGUAUAUAUUUUUUUCCUUGUAUAGUAGUGUCUUUCUAGGCGUCAUUAUUGGUACCAGUUUGUAUAUAUGAUUAGCAUCCAUAGUAAUAAAAUUCAAUGCAAUUA